CGGUGGAAGACGCGCUGCCGCGGGCUAGGGGUGACGGGAGUGGUUAGACCAGCAACAGAAGACACCAUGCAAACAUUAAGUGAGCGGUGGAAGUUGUGUUAGUAGAAAGACCCACGAAGAAAACCCUGGUGGUGCCGGAACGCGCGCGCGCGCGUAUGGCCAUGCAGGUGCGGGAGGUUGCGGUAUGGGCAUGGGUGUGGGCAGCCCGCUGCUGUCUGCUUGCCUAUGCCUGGCAGCAGGAGGCUAAACUCGACGAAGCGGGAGACCUUGUUUUGUACUGGACGGCUGACGUCAAGAAAAACGUCCUCAUGAUUGAGUUACAAGGACGUACCCUGGGGUACGUAGCGAUGGGCAUUUCUUCAACGGGUACUAUGAAAAACGCAGAUCUUCUCAUCGGUUUCGUCGAUUAUAAAGGAACACCGCAUGCAGUGGACUACUGGUCGCCAAAGAACGGGGAACCGAUACUCGACACGUCUCAGGACUGGAAGCUGGUGGACGGCAGACAGAACGAGUCCCACACCAUGAUCCGAGCGCGAAGACCCAUCACGCCAUUCACCGACGACGACAUAAAUGUCACUGAUUUCCCCACGUGGAUAUUGUGGGCGUGGCACCCACACGAUCCUGGAGAGGGCCAGCUCCCGCAGUACCACAAGAAGAACCGCGGUGCCAUCCAACUGUGCCUGCUGAGGACGGACUGCUGGCCACAGCCCCCUCUCUCAUGCUCCACCACUCUCAAUGCCGCCAUUUUGCUGACUCUACUAUUUGCAUUGUUGCCACGUCUCUUAUGAGCGAGCGACGAUACCCAAAAUCCCGUUGCCAUAUCUAGUCUUUGCUGUAAGAAUAGGUAGUUCAUACAGAAAAAAAAAUGAUCACUUUGUGGAGUUAGUUUUGCAUAAAAAUGAGAAAUGAAAGAAAGGGAGAUGAUCUUAAUCAAAUGAAUCUAGUUUUUUUUAACGAAGGAAUGAUCCAAAUCAAUAAACAGGCCUUAUUGCAUUCCCCUGAAGAUGGGGAUGCCAAAGCCUUCUCAUCGCGCUGCUCUCUGUUCUUCACUGCAUUCCCAAGAGAAUCACAAAUUUCCACACCAUUCCUCGAGAAAAGAAAAAUUUUGGAAACACCUGGUCAUUCCAAUAUGGGUAUUUUGUUUCCUAAAACUGAUGUGACAUGUAGUGACGCCAUUUUCUUACAUUUUAUACAAACUUUUUCCAACGUCUAAGAGCAAUUAUCAUUAUUAUCACUCAUGUUGCAGAUUAGAAAGUUCAAUCAUUAGCUUGUUGGUACUUUUUCGCUUCCUCGAGCCAGUUUAACUACCGAGGGUCACUAUGUCCUGCUUAUCAUCGAUAUCGUCGCUAGCACAUUCUCUGGACAUCUUUUCGUCAGAGGAAACAAAACAAAAAAAGUCAGUAGCUAUCUUCUGUUCCUGGGUGAAAAUAUUAAGGGCACUGGAAAUAACGUCAAAUACCUCACGACAUCCUCUCCCGUAUGGAUCUAUAAUAAGGGUACUUGAAUGUACAGAAAGUGAUUGCAUCGUGUAUGUACGUAUGUAUUUAUAAAUAUAUAUACUAUAUAUAAUGUAUGUAUGUGCAUAUACAUAAUAUAUAAUAUAUAUACAUAUACAUAUAUAUAUUUAUGUAUGUAUGUGCAUAUACAUAAUAUAUAUAUAUACAUACAUACACGCACACACAAUAUGCAUGCAGUAUUUCGGGUAACUAUUAUAUAUAUACGAGAUUUACUUUCCAAGUUCUGCUUUUCGUUACCACGUCAAUUUCCUUCCGGAUUUCCCGCGUCGUCGCUUGCUUAGCGGCUAACGAGAGGUCCCUCCUUCCAAUUAUAGCCACAAUCAUCCUGACCAUUCUUAAGUCGAUUAGGGUAAAUGGAAUUAGAUCCAAGUAAUAGAAAAAUGCCAAACAGAACUCUGUCUCUCAGAAGAAAAUUCGUCAGCCGUAGAAGUUGGUCCGUAAGUGCGAUCAAGAAAAAGGCACCAGAAAGAGUACAGGCCAUGACUGAGGAUGUGACAUUACCGGUACAUAAGCGCCUACGAUCGCUAUCGAAAAAUGGUGUCAACCAUGACGCGAUGCUCAUCUUCCAAAUACCAGGACACCUUAGAGUCUCGUGACUUACGGACACGGAGCGCUUCUUUUCUUGUCACACAGAGGGACAAACAAUCAAAAGACGUUCCUCCCGAAUAGGAGACGUCCUCAGAAAGAGAGAGAGUAGCCAAGGCAAGGUCAAGCCGAGAUAAGUUUAUCCCUACGAGCCCUAUGUAUCACCGGUAGCUUCUCAUCUUCAUUGCACACGUGUAUAUCUAUUAUCUAUUGGACAUACUUGAACGCGAGCCUCGUCGUAGCAAACACUGAUGGCACUAUUUUUGUACAUUAGGAAGAGGAGUGACGUGGGCGCAGCAACCCGCGUUGCUUCCCCCCACAUGUGGUCAAAUAAGGAUGAUGCGGUAGAUUAAGACUAAAACUCAUAAAUAACUCAAUAAAUAAAUAUAAAUAAAUACAAAAUAAAGUGUUAUUUUUAAAAGAAAUGGUCCAGGUAGAUUGCAAAUGUAAAAAGGAACUAUAUUUAAAAAUUCCGUAGAUUGCAUUGUUAAAAUGUGAAACAUUAUGUACCAUUGGCAUGAUUUUGUUUUUCGUUCAGAGCACAAAUAUGUUUCGAGUAAGUGUUGAGAGCUUCUGUGUAUUACACUGCUUCCGUUAAUCCACCACCAACCCCAGUGAAGUGUGUCACUCAUGUAAAUAGAUUUAUUGUGUGAUAUAUAAUAUACAUAUAUAUAUAUAUAUAUAUUCAUUCCAUAGAUGAAGUUGGACAAGAUGUAAAUAACGCGUCUAUAGGCUUCACAUUUCAGUAUCUUUUCUUUCCUCGACCUCGACCGUAUAUUUCAACAAACAUAAUUUGUUCCUUGGUAUAUUUAAAUAUAUAUAACUUUGAGGUACUCGACGAUUACCCAUACAAUGACAGGGUAACCGAGAAAUACCCAAACUCCCAUACUCUAAAGUACCACUUCUUUGAGGAUCAUUCUCGGCCUCUAUCAAAAAAUAAAAAAAUAUAUAAAAACAAAGACCUACAAUCAGAGACAGUCAAAUCGUCAAGUAAAAUCUCCGCAAAGGACUUGCAUAUAUCAAUCAACUCCUAGCAGAGGAUACUAAACUUCUUUUCUAAUAUGUACAUAACUUAAAAAUAAACACAGUUGAAAGUAGUUAUCUGUCUUAGUCUAGCUUACAUCAAAGACCCAUAUCAGGGAACACAAAAAAUUCUCUUAACUGUAGUUUUUGUACUGCAAACAAUAAUACGAAGCAUUAUGGGUAAACGAGUAAAUAUUCCUGUGCUAAGCGUAGUAUUUUGUUUACAAAAAUUAGUAACCGAAGGUAUACCAUUUGCAACUGCUGAUUCAUGCGAAGACGUUUCCUAAAUUAAUCAAACGUGAUAUGACUGAGGAAAUCAAAGAAAAUUGUUUAUCUGAUAAAUAUUUCGAUUAUUAACAGAUGAACACGAUCCUGGAUUCUGGAAAAACAAUAAUAACAUGCAUGUGCGCCUUCAUUAUAAUAUGCUUAUGCUUACUCAGUUGCACAUCUAUAGGCAUUUUUUCAAAAUAACUUUAAAAAGAAGUUUCAUAUCAAUACUAUGAGUGCAUGUACAUUCUAUUCGUACGUACUUUA